AUGUCACCUUCGACCACGUACUCGAAAUCCUCUGCUACCACUGCUGGACGCGGUUACCUGAACGGCUCCCCCUUGAAAUCGAAAUCUUUGGCUUCCGGCGUUGAUGGCAAAGCAGCAGGAGGAAUGGAGACCCUUUCGUUGAUUGAAGCUUCGAAACGCCUGGCGGCGUAUACUGCUGUUGACCAGCAUGUAAAACCUGAGCACAGGAUCAUUGGUAUUGGCUCGGGCUCGACUGUUCCGUAUGUGGUGGAUAGGAUUGUGCAACAGGGUGUUGAGCUUAAUGCCGGACGGGUGUUCAUUCCUACUGGCUUCCAAUCGAGACAACUCAUUGUUGCAGCAGGGUUGACCCUUGGCGAUGUGGACCAAUACCCAACAAUCGAUAUCACCAUUGACGGAGCUGAUGAAGUCGAUCAUAAUUUGAACUGUGUGAAGGGAGGAGGAGCAUGUCAUUUGAGAGAGAAAGUGUUGGCUGAGGCUGCUCAUACGUUCAUCUUGGUGGCGGAUUACAGGAAGAACGUGCAAUUUUUGGGAACGAACUAUCUCUCGGGUGUACCGAUAGAAGUCGUCCCGUUCGCGUAUAACAAGGUGUUGCACAACCUGCAUCAUUCGCUUGGAAGCCCAAAGGCUGCUCUGCGGAUGGCCAUAAAGAAAGCCGGUCCUGUCGUCUCGGACAACGGCAACUUCAUCAUCGACGCGCCCUUCACGCAGGAGCAACUGGCGGAUCCGUACACCGUUUUGGCACAGAUUAAGAUGUUGACGGGUGUGGUGGAGGUGGGGCUGUUCUGCAAGAUGGCCAAGGCUGCGUACUUUGGGAAUGAGGAUGGGAGUGUGACGGUUAGGUGGGACGAUGGGAGGGUGGAGGUUGUUCCUAGUGCUACGAGUGCGUAG